CCCGCAUGCCGGAGGUUAUAUCCAUCAUCAUCUCGAUAGGAACUGAUGAACCUCAUCUCCGGCAAUCGACGAUGACUUAUACGCGGGAGAUGAUCGGAGUGAUCGGCGGCGGCCAGAUGGGCUCCGGGAUCGCUCAGCUCGCCGCCGUCUCUGGUUUCGACGUCCGCCUACAUGACUCCGAUCCCGUCGCCCUCCACCGGGCUUCGGAGACCAUUGGAACCGCCAUCCGGAAACUUGUCUCGAAGGGGCAACUCUCUCAGCCAGCUGGAGCUGAUGCCUUUAAUCGUCUGACGUGUACAUCCAAUUUGGAAGAUCUUAGGCAUGCAGAUGUUAUAAUUGAAGCCAUCAUCGAGUCCGAAGAUAUCAAGAAAAAGCUGUUUUCUGAUCUUGAUAAGUUAGUCAAACCUUCUGCAAUUUUGGCAUCCAACACUAGCUCAAUCUCCAUCACUCGCCUUGCUUCAGCAACCAGCCGUCCUGCACAGGUAAUAGGCAUGCAUUUUAUGAAUCCUCCUCCUAUUAUGAAGCUGAUUGAGAUAGUGAGAGGUGCAAACACAUCUGAGGAGGUAUUCUCAAAAAUUAAAGCUUUAUCGGAAAGAUUCGGAAAAACGGUUAUAUGCUCGAACGAUUACCCGGGCUUCAUUGUGAACCGAAUUCUGAUGCCUAUGAUCAAUGAGGCAUUUUACGCACUAUAUACCGGUGUAGCGACGAAAGAGGACAUCGACACCGGGAUGAAGUUGGGAACAAACCAUCCAAUGGGUCCUCUGCAGCUUGCAGACUUCAUUGGAUUAGAUGUAUGUCUCUCAAUAAUGAAGGUUCUUCAUCAAGGACUAGGAGAGAGCAAGUACAGCCCAUGCCCUCUUCUGGUUCAGUAUGUUGAUGCCGGUCGGCUCGGGCGAAAGAAGGGUAUUGGGGUCUAUUCUUAUAGAAACGAAACGGUAAGAACUAAACCGGUAUCUUCUCUUUAAAAGUUCAAUGGAAGAUUUACAUGCAUCACUCAAUUCUUAUGUAUUUACGUAUCUAACACUUAAAUUUUUAUAUAUAUUCCAUUUUACGCAUGCAAGAAAGCUUUGGGUGGUAUAAAAGUAAAAAAUUGAAGUUAAGGUGUUAGAUAUUUAAAUAUGUAAGAACUAGGUGCUAAUGCAUGUGAAUGCCCCAAGGACUUUAAGGUAGGUCAUAUAUAUGACACCACAAAAUUAGGUUUAUUCCUUCUAGCAUUCAAGCGUAUGAAUAUGAUUAUUCUGGACCUGCUUGUAGGUAAAAUGCUAAUAAGCUAUAGCUCAACUUGAUGAGGAAUGCUGGAAAUUUAUUUGCCUGUAAUAUAUCAUUUCCAACUUUCAAUACCUUUUUUUCACAUGUAUUAAGCAGGUGCUACAUAAUGUUUUUUUUUUGCUUGAA